AUGGGCCUGGCCGAGGCACUGGUCGUCCUCACUGCCCCUGUGGACACGGCGCCGAUGAUGAAGCUUGAGGACGUGGCGUUUAUGGACGAGUCCCUCCUCGACGAUACCAAUGCUGCGCAGACGCUCGGGAAACACACUGCUACGACGCGAUACGCGCCGGCGACUCUUGAGCCACACCGCGGUUCCGACUCGUGUUCGGGAACGCCCGAGGCGUUCACGCCCACGUCGCAGAAAGCGGCGCUCGCAGCCCUUCUCAUGCCACCGAGUGAGGCAUCGGCAAAGCCACCUGCCUCGACGGAGAAUUCCCUCUUUGGCCUGGCGAGUACAGCCGCUGGCAACGACGAGGAUGCAGCCGCGGCUCGAGAGAUUAUGCUUGCUGCCCAGCAGAGCUUUGCCGACCACGAUGCCGGAAGGCGGUUCCAGCCCUCACCCCAUAUUCGACGUCUGCACGAAUCUCCAUCCUUGCCCGAAUCGCCUACUUUGGGAUUUGAGAACGAGGUCUGGCGUAAACUGAGCAACAAAUAUGUCCGGCCUCGACCCCCACCGGCACACUUUGUGGACAGCGACGGUUCUUCUUCAGCCCAGUCAAGCUCGGUGAGCGAGGCUAGCGGUGACGAGGCUGUCGAAGAGCUCGUGGCUGAGUACGAAGCAGGCGCACUUGUCGUCAAGGCUAUCCGCAUUGAGGUCGGCGUACCCGCCUCAACCGUGAGCCUCUCGCCGAUUGCCGAGGUAUCCGACGUCGCUACACCUCGACCAAGUACCCCUCGAUCAGUGGAAGAGACCACUGUGCUGAAGGCGGCCACUACGGACGUGUCGCUGAAUACCCCUACAGCGAGCGUGUACCUCUCGUUGCCCCCGACUCCCGAGCACGAGACAACGACGGGCGCGUCUCGGAUGGUUCCCUCAGACUCGGUGGACAGCGUGUACCACCUUGCUCCGUCAAGCCCCGUCGACCGCGCGAGCGUGUACGUCUCUCUCCCCAACACGCCUGUUGCAUCCACCUCUCUCUCCCUGCACCAGCCUCCCCAUGACGAGCGCACGAGCGUGUAUGUGUCCCUCCCAAACACCCCCGAGCUCUCAAACGAGGAUCUCGCCACUGUGACUUCGAGCACUCUCGGUCUCAGCCACACGUCGCUCAACAUUACCCCGCCAACCCCCGAGAACGGCUCGCCCAUGACCCCGCACGAGGAGUGUUUCUCGACUGCUCCCGAGGCGGUUCUGACUGCCGAGGCGGCUCUGGACACAUUCCUCACCCCAGUUGACGGCAAGCCCGAGCAGUGGGUGACGGCACCCACGACCCCUGCCGAGACCGGGCCCCGUGAGGCAUACUCAGUCAGCACGACGCCGACGAGCCCCGCGAGCCCCACGACCCCGCGCGGCUCCAUGCCGCCUCUGCCCGAGAGCGCUACCUCCCCAGUCAUGCAGCAAGCAGCGCUCUCGCGCUCAGCUCCAGGCUCGAUCCGCCGGUCCAAGCGCGAUUCGACUGGACCACCAACGACCAUUGCCGCUCGCCGCCUCACCCCUCCAAUGUUCCCCCCACCCUCUCGCUCCAUCCCCUCCACGCCCCCCUACCCUCCCGCGUCCAACCUCCGUUCCGCCUCGUUCUCCUCGUCGCCCAAAGCCGCCGCUCAGCGCCGCUUCGUCACCUCCCCAACCGCCUCGACCUUUGCAGAGGCGAUGGCAACGACCACCAAGCCGCUUCCGACCACGCCGCCUCCGGUCACGCCUCCGACCCCGGCGGCCGCAUUGCCCCGGACUCCUGGAAAGACGCCUAAAAGCUCUCCUAGAGCCCAGGCGCCGCCGUCCCCCGAGCCGGCGACUUUGGGCGAGUUUAUGGGUCUGUUCCGCAACAUUCGCCGACGCGAGGAGGGCGUCUCGCUGAGGGAUGCGGUGAGGAAGGCCGAGAGGAGGAGCGGGUUCUUCCAGGGCGUAGAGGCUGCUCAGAGCUGA